AUUGGUUUAGAAGCAUAAAGACUCUAUAAAUAUGGACCACCCGCACGUUCGUUUGCAUCACAACUCUUGAAGUGUUUUCAUUAGUCAUUACACAGAAAGGCAAUGGAGGAGUCAAAGAAAUACAAGAGGAUGGUGAAGCAGACGUUUACCAAGAACAACAACAAAAGGGGUCAUGGGACUGGGUCUGGAUCAGGAUCCAGGUUGCUUAGGGUGAAGGUGAGAAAGCUCCAAAUACUGAUACCGGGUGGGAAAAGAUGCAACCACCCGGAUUUGCUUUUAUCUAAAACCGUCGAUUACAUUGUCCACUUGAAGUUGAAGAUUAGGAUCCUUAAAGCACUGUCCGACAUGUACUCUCUCUGAAGAUCCUAACACUAUUCUUCUUCUUCCUCUUCUCCUCAUUAUCAUAUAAGCUAUGGUGUGGAGGUUUGUUUUUCCGUGUAUGAAUUGUCAUUUGGUGUUGCUUAAUGUCGCAUUUUCCCUUUAUUUAUAUCGACUAUCUAUAUUUUUAUUUUAUCCGACAAUUUGUAAGAAAAUUCUACAAUAUGCAUUGUGAACUUCUUGGUUUUAUCCA